UAGCCCGAAACCCCUGAGACCAAGUGAGACAAAUGCUGCGUAUGCCCUCCUCUUGACGUUAUCUCUGAUAAUAACUGUGUCGGUAUUUUUACCGACAACGGCGCCGCCGGGCGCCGGGUGUAUAAAUGGUUGUCAGUGCCUGUCGUGUACUACACCAAGAGACGCUGCACUCUCCAUGUGAGACUUUCUGCUGAGCAAUAAGCCUUUCCACUCAUUAGCAGCUUUGCUUAUCGCGAGGCUUAUUUACUUACCAGCUACCCACUCAAGAUGAGGAAAGCAACGUCCAACUUGUUGCACACAGCAGGCCAUCACAGUUGGCUGUCUGAAGUAAGAUGUGCAAAAUAUGGCACUGCUUCUGCAUUGACAAAAGAUCGAUACAAUGUUCAAAGAGGCAAUUAUGCUACGCUCACAGACAGAGACGUAAGUUUCUUUGAGCAGAUUGUUGGAAAAAGUCGGAUACUUACUGAUGCUGCAGAUGUCGAACCAUACAAUGCUGAUUGGCUUCAUUCAGUGAAAGGUUACAGCCAAUGUGUCCUCAAACCAAAGACGACAGAGGAGGUUUCAGCCAUCCUCAAAUACUGCAAUGAACGUCUUUUAGCUGUUUGUCCCCAGGGUGGGAACAGCGGUUUGGCAGGCGGAAGUAACCCCGUCUUUGAUGAAGUGGUUAUUUCUACAAGUCUCAUGAACAAUAUUCUUGGAUUUGACAGUCUAUCAGGUGUUUUGUCUUGCCAAGCUGGAUGUAUUUUAGAAAAUUUGGAGACACAUUUAGAAAAGCAUGGUCAUAUAAUGCCGCUCGAUUUAGGAGCCAAAGGUAGCUGCCAAAUUGGUGGCAAUGUCUCAACCAAUGCAGGAGGUUUACGAUUAGUGCGGUAUGGUAGCUUACAUGGCAGUGUACUCGGUGUAGAAGCAGUUUUGGCUAAUGGAGAUGUCAUAGAUUGCAUGAGCAAAAUGAAGAAAGACAAUACAGGAUACCACUUGAAACACCUAUUUAUUGGAUCUGAAGGCACCUUAGGUUUAGUCACUAAAGUUGCUAUCAAUUGUCCAGUCUUGCCAAAAUCUGUAAAUGUUGCUCUACUUGGCCUGGAAAGUUAUGAAAAAGUGCUGGAAACACUGAAGACUAGUAAAAGAGAUCUUGGUGAAAUUCUGUCUUCUUGUGAGAUGAUGGAUCGUGAAUCUUUGCAGGCUGUUGAGGAUAAUUUAAAGCUUCGUGUUCCUAUCAAGGACUGUCCAUUUUACUUACUCAUUGAAACAUCUGGCAGCAACAGUACACAUGAUGAGGAAAAAUUGGCUCAGUUUCUUGAGCAUGCAUUAGAUAAAAAUAUGAUUAUUGAUGGAACACAGGCGAGUGAACCAUCUCGUAUCAAGCAAAUUUUUGAGCUACGUGAAAGGCUAGGUGAGGGGCUCCUUAGAGAUGGGUUCUUGAACACAUAUGACUUAUCUCUAGGCGUUAAAGACUUCUAUUCAAUUGUACCAGACUUGAGGGACCAUUUGAAGAACUUUUCAAAUGUCGUUCGAGUUAGUGGUUUUGGACAUCUUGGUGAUGGUAAUAUUCAUCUCAAUGUGACCUCUAAGGCAUACAGUAAAGAAAUACUCCAAAGCAUUGAACCUUUCAUUUAUGAAUGGACUGCUAAAGUUGGUGGAAGUGUCAGUGCUGAGCAUGGAAUUGGAUUUAAGAAGAGAGAUGCAGUUCAUUUCUCCAAAUCCACCCGAGCAAUUGAAUUGAUGCACCAAAUGAAGAAAGUGAUGGAUCCUAAUGGUAUUCUCAACCCUUACAAAGUUCUGCCUGAAUUGCCAAUUACUAAUUGACAGUUCCGAAGAUUGCUAUUAUUAUGUUGGAUGUAAAUCAUUCCAGUCUUAAGAAUCUUUUAAUAUUUGUGUAAAAUUAUUUUAAUAAAAAUUUAAUAAAGCUCAGUGAAGCAUA